AUGUUUGACAAAGACGAUGGAGAUGGGCGUAUUACCAUAGAAGAUCUUGCCACAGCGAUGACGUGUUUGGAUCAAAAUCCGACUCAGAGAGAGCUCAAUGACAUAAUGAAUGAAAUCGAUUUGAACAGAAACGGGACGAUAGAAUUCGACGAAUUCUUGGACCAUAUGUCCAAGAAUAUAAAGGAAAAGUAUUCUGUGAGCCUCCGACAAGCUUUCAAUGAUUUUGAUGUGGAUCAAAAUGGUUACAUAUCAGCUAAUGAGGGAGAGCUUUAA